AUGACAGAACGAAAACGAAAAACAGCAGCAGCAUUUUUGGGUAAAAGCAAUGAUUCGACGAUGCUUGGAUAUAUUUUGCAAAGGUUCAUUGAGGCGCUAGCCUUUUUUUUCAGUUUCACACAUGAUUUGUUACUCACUGGUCUAGUAGGCUUGCACAUACAGUCCUUCUGGAAUACUAUGACUAUUCAGAACCUUUUCAAAAUGGACAAAGACUUCUCGAAGGAAUCUACGAGUGUAAGG